CUGCCUCGCGCCGGGCCGGGCUGGGCCAGAGCAGCCCAAGAUGGCCGACUUCGAGGAUCGGGUGUCGGAUGAGGAGAAGGUACGUAUAGCUGCUAAAUUCAUCACUCACGCACCCCCAGGAGAAUUUAAUGAAGUGUUCAAUGAUGUCCGGCUACUACUUAAUAAUGACAAUCUCCUCAGGGAAGGGGCAGCGCAUGCAUUUGCCCAGUAUAACAUGGAUCAGUUCACGCCUGUGAAGAUAGAAGGAUAUGAAGAUCAGGUCUUAAUCACAGAACACGGAGACCUGGGUAAUAGCAGAUUUUUAGAUCCAAGAAACAAAAUUUCCUUUAAGUUUGAUCACUUACGGAAAGAAGCAAGUGACCCACAGUCAGAGGAAGUCGAUGGAGGUCUCAAGUCCUGGAGAGAAUCCUGUGACAGUGCUUUAAGGGCCUAUGUGAAAGACCAUUAUUCCAGCGGCUUCUGUACUGUUUAUGCUAAAACUAUAGAUGGACAACAGACCAUUAUUGCAUGUAUUGAAAGCCACCAAUUUCAGCCUAAAAACUUCUGGAAUGGUCGUUGGAGAUCAGAGUGGAAGUUCACCAUCACACCACCUACUGCUCAAGUGGUUGGAGUACUUAAGAUUCAGGUUCACUAUUACGAAGAUGGCAAUGUCCAGUUGGUUAGUCAUAAAGAUGUACAGGAUUCAAUCACUGUUUCGAGUGAAGUCCAAACUGCCAAGGAGUUUAUUAAAAUCAUAGAGCAUGCAGAAAAUGAGUAUCAGACAGCAAUUAGUGAAAACUAUCAAACAAUGUCAGACACCACAUUCAAGGCCUUGCGCCGGCAGCUUCCUGUUACCCGCACCAAAAUCGACUGGAACAAGAUUCUCAGCUACAAGAUUGGCAAAGAAAUGCAGAAUGCUUAAAGGCUAAAUGUAGGAUUCUUCAGUACAUGAGAAGAUAGGAUUCAACAUGUGGUCAUAUGAAAUAUAACUGAUUUAUAAACGAGAGUGAUAUUUUGCUAGGGCUUUCAAAGUUAGCAGGUUUUAUAACCUCACGAAAUACUGUUGAACCUAUAGCAUUGUCUUGAUUCUGUUGUGUUCUCUGCCUUGUAAUUUUUGUUUUUACUAUAUCUACUUGUAAAAAAUUUUUUUUAAUUCUGCCACAUUUAUUGAUGGAGAAGAAGAUCUACCCUGGAGUCAGUUUACUGUUUAGAAAAUGUUCCUAGCCACGAAGCCCUGUUCUAGGCAGGUGAUAUGUUCUGUACUUCUCUACCCCAUCCUUCAGAGCACUUCUGGUAUUUCAGUGGUUUUCCCUGAUUCACCAGCAGCUAAAAAGGCUAUCCUAAAAACUAGUGCUGAGUGCAAAACACAUUCAUCCUUCCCUUUCCAACCAUUUAUAGCAUUUCAUAACUGUAGUUUUCAAAAGUAAGAAUUGGGGAUUUUCACAUCCUUUGGAGGGGGGGCAAAGGAAGUUUUCUGGAAAAUCCAUGAUAGCCAGCUUCUCUGGGGAAGUUGUUUUUAAAUCCAAAGACUUGAGCCACAUUCCCUGCAAGUGAACUUGUUUGUUUUUUCCCUUCCCUCAUUGUCUCCCUCCCAUCCAGAACCAUUGUAGUUACAGAUAUCUGCAUUUUUAGAAGAGUUUUACCCAUUUAUUAUUAUUAUUUUGUAAUAUUCAAAAACUGCUGACAGACUGGGGAUGUACUAGAGUAUAAACUUGAAAAAUGCAGAUGUUAAGGGAAUAAUAGAUACCUUGUGCUUUAAUACUUUGUGGCAGGAUUGUACUAUAAGCAAAUGAAUCAAACAACUAUGUAAAUUACAAACAAAAAUUAAAAGUGAACCAAAGUGAAAAGGAUAAACUUCCAGGCAGUAUCUUUCUAUCGUAACCUGUUAUUUAAGGGAAUACUAGUGAUUUGUUCUAAAAAGGAUGUAAAACUUGUUCCAAAUUACUCUUCCUCAGUCCUGCCUGCCAAGAACUCAAAUGUAACUGUGAUAUAGCAACCCUUCCCAGGUAUACUGGCAGGUACAUGUGUGAUCACAGAAUACACAGGUGACAUAGAUAUGAUAUGACAGCUGGUAAUGGUGGACUCAUUUACAUUGUUUACACUUUAUGACCAGGCCUUAAGGGGAGGUCAGUUUUUAAAAAACCAAGUAGUGUCUUCCUACCUGUCUCCAAACAAAUGUCAAACAAGAAGGUUGUUUGUGCUUCAGCUUUGUUUUUGCUCAAUAAUACAGUCAAGCAGGAAUGUUUUUCCAAGUGACGCAUUGAGCUGUGUAAGCAUUUUGUUUAUUUCAAAUAAAAUAUAUUUGUAUUAUUUGUCAUUCUAUCCAUCCAUACCACACAUCCUCUGUAUCAGGUAGUCCAAUAGAAAUAUACCUGUUUUGUUCUUAAAUUG